ACAUUAUCCACACACAGAGGCUUCUGCUAUCAUUAGGAGCUCUGUAGGAGCGGUGGGAAGUCGCUCUGUUUUUGUUCUCUGGAUUGUUUUGCGCACUUUUUUUUUGCGCCACUCCGUCCUCACCUGAGCAGCUCUGGAUUUAUAUGCAGCUUGUUCUCGCUGCAUCCAUCAGUUACCUGACUGUGACCCUGCAGAUCUAACACCGAAGCCUCCUUUCACUGGAUCAAGGACAUAUAUUUGAAAUGCACUUUUUCAUUUUCACCGGAUCACAGAUGAAUUUAGACAGAAAGUGAGAUUUAAACUUGUUUUUUUCCCCUCAUGACUUUAAACAAUGCUCUGAGAUUUCUUGCUUUUUCACUAAGUUUGGAAGGAGGAAUAUAAAAAAAAAAAAAAACAGCUUCGCUCCUCCUGUUGCUUCAGCGUGAAAACAACUCACCGGCGGCGCGCCGUUUCCACGCCGCUGCCUCCCACCGUGACUCGGUUCCACUCGGAUCGGAGUUCAGCCUCCCCGCAGCCGACCAGGACGCCCGGACCAUGCCUCAGCUGUCGGGCGGCGGAGACCCGGAGCUCUGCGCCACGGAUGAGAUGAUCCCGUUCAAAGACGAGGGGGAGCCGCACAAGGAGCAGAUCUUCGCCGAGCUCAGCCACUCGGAGGAGGAGGGAGACCUGGCGGACAUCAAGUCCUCCCUGGUCAACGAGUCGGAGAUCAGCCCCAACAGCAACAGCCACGAUGCAGCUAGACAGUCCCAAAUAGCGGCAGAUUCUUACCAUGAAAAACACAGAGAUCAUCCGGAUGAUGGAAAACACCCGGACAUGUACAGUAAAGGCCACCCGUACCCGGCUUACCCGGGCUACAUCAUGAUGGGCAACAUGAACAACGACUCCUACAUGAACAACGGCUCCCUGUCGCCGCCCAUGGCCAGAACGUCCAACAAAGUUCCCGUCGUCCAGCCGUCCCACGCAGUCCAUCCACUCACACCGCUGAUCACGUACAGCGACGAGCACUUCGCUCCAGGACCCCAUACGGGGCAUCACCCCCAAGAUGGAGGCAACAAACAAGGAAUGCCCAGACACCAUCCUGGACCAGAAAUGCCCAACUUCUACUCCCUGUCUCCUGGAGGAGUGGGACAGAUCACGCCUCCUCUGGGAUGGUUCUCCCACCACAUGGUGCCCGGCCCCCCCGGCCCCCACGCCACAGGGAUCCCUCAUCCAGCUAUCGUCAACCCACAGGUCAAACAGGAGCCGCCUCAUGAAAGUGACAUCAUGCACAUGAAAUCGCAGCACGAACAGAGAAAGGAGCAGGAGCCCAAAAGGCCGCACAUCAAGAAGCCGCUAAACGCCUUCAUGCUCUACAUGAAAGAGAUGCGUGCGAAUGUGGUCGCCGAGUGCACGCUGAAGGAAAGCGCCGCCAUCAAUCAGAUCCUGGGACGAAGGUGGCAUGCUUUAUCUCGGGAAGAGCAAGCUAAGUAUUAUGAGUUAGCCCGCAAGGAACGGCAGCUCCACAUGCAGCUGUACCCCGGCUGGUCCGCCAGAGACAACUAUGGGAAGAAGAAGAAGCGGAAGAGGGAGAAGAUGCAGGAAACGGCCACAGGUACAGGCCAGAGAAUGAAAACGGCGUACAUCUGAGAAUAUGGAGGAAAGAGGAAUAACUUCUCCACGUGCAAAGCUAAGGCAGCAGCGACGGGCCCUCUGCUUGAGAUGGAGUCCUGUUAGAUUCCACAAAGACCCUAAAAUCUCCAACCUGAAGCCUCCAGUUCUCAGAGGGACCCCCUUCUCCACCUCCACCCAACACUCUACCCUUUCAACACGGCCAAACCGGAACAGAUUAGACUCUUCCCACCUUCUCCUGAAGGCGCCUCUGCUUUGGAGACACUGAACUGAACAAGACAAUCAUGAUUUGCAGAAGCACCUUCACGUGACCCUCACAGCAGAACCCCAGAAGUCCACCCGUCUUCUUCUCAUUUCUGAGGGCACUGCACUGAAAACCGCAGCACCGACUCCUCCACCAGCACUAACUUAUUCUAACUUAUUUGUCACCUGUUCCUUUUGUAUAGCCCAUUAGGCCCACCCUCACUUCACCACCCCUCCCUCUCUUCCAUCUCUCACUGGAAAUGUUUUUAAGACAUUUCGGGUUUCCACCCGGCCGACCAAACACCUCUUUGUGUUUUUUUUUUGUUUUUAAAGACUGCACUAAGGAAGAUGGAGGGAUCUCAUCUCGUCUCACAAAAACGUCCUCGAGCUUUUAAUGUGCCGCUGACCAAGCUGAUGCGGGGAGGAGAAAAAAAGGAUCAUUUUUCUCUUUGCUUUAGACUGAAUUUGAUUUUGAAUGCUUUUGUUUUUGUAUCUCGUUUCAUCCUCUCGGUGUAUAUUUUAGUGACUUUUGUUUUUUUUUUAUAGUGGUAUAUAUGAAAAUAAGCUUUGGACACAAGAAAGCCAAUUUUCUUGUUGGAGCGUCUUGCAGAAAAAUGAAAACUUAAGGCUUCUUUUGAUAACUAUUUGUAACAAAUGGUGACCUUGAGUCAGCUCGGAUGUAACGUAAUCGCUCGGUAUGUGUACUUUAAAAAACAAAACAAAAAAAAAACUGUCAGGAUCUGUUGGAUUUUUCUGGA